GUCGCGGAAGCCCUGCUCUGCUCCAAGCGCGGGAGUGUUGCAGGCCUGUCCGGCGCCACGUUUGAGAUGUACAAGCUCCUCCUUGAUGACGAUGUUGCCCUCGACCUCUUGACCGGAGCCGUCAGCCGCCUAGCACGGGUGUCCACGGACAAGGCAGCCGAGGCCCUCGCCAUGUCCCGCCUCACGCCCGGGCUGACGGCGUCGAACAAGGCUGGAGGCGAAGCACCACGGGGUAUCCGCGAUCUCGGAGCGGAAGUGUGGCGCGGCGACAAGCCGCCUGCCGAGCGUGGGUUUGUCGCGCUUGGCGUCCCGAUCGGACAUGAGGAUUUCAACCGGGCAGGCGGAGGAGCACUUUCGGGCAAAGGCCGAGUUCUUGCAAAGACUGGCAGCACUGCCCGACCUCCAGUGUGCCUGCCUGUUACUGUUGUUCUGUGCCGCGCCACGCGCCCAGCACCUUUUGCGCAAUGUCUCGCCAGCGCUCAUCACAGGCUAUGCGCGAGCCCAUGA